AUGGUCUCCUUCACUAUCUUUGCUGGUGGAUACACCAAUUUUAUCGCGAGCUACCUUUUCAACAGCAACGACUCUUCGCUAUCGCUUCUCCAGCAAUUCUCAACUGGACCCAACCCUUCAUGGAUCACAGCUCAUCCAACCAAUCCGAAUGUGCUAUAUGCCGUCAAUGAAGUGCAGAGCGGUGCCCUCCAGUCAUUCGACAUAAGUUCCACUGGCGUGCUUUCCAACCCAGUUGACACGGUAUCUUCUGGCGGUGACAGUCCUGCACAUGUCGUCCCAUUAAGCGACGGCGAAGUCGCGAUCAUGAAUUACUCCGGAGGUAAUGGGCGUAUCAUCGCGACGGCUGGAUCCCCAGAACGCUUUGAUCCAUCCGCUGCCGUCAUCACGUUCCCCCCUCCCGUUGGUGGCGUGUCCCAUCCCCACAUGACUUUGCAGCAUGGUGAUGAGGUGUUCGUCCCUGACUUGGGAGGAGACAAAAUCUGGCGUCUCGUUAGAAACGGCGCCCCCGGCAACUGGAAGAUUCAAGGCUCGAUCGCUCAGCCUCAAGGUAGCGGGCCAAGGCACCUGGCAAUUCAUGGUAAUUCGUUGUUCACUCUACAUGAGCUAGCCUCCACCUUGACGGUACAGGCUAUUCCGCCUGCCCCGAACGGCACUUCCCCCAUCAUCGACAGUGUUUCAAUCAUCCCCCCAAACCCACCGGCAGGCGCACUUUGGGCAGCAGGCGAAAUUCUCAUACCGCAGCCAACCGCCAAAUUCCCUGUCCCGUACAUCUAUGUUUCUAAUCGAAACACCGGCGUGCAGGCGCCUCAAGGAGAUUCUAUUGCCAUCUUUGAGCAUGUCCCUGCCACGGUCAAGACGCGUGAGAGUCUCAAGCUAGUCACACAGGUAUUCACUGGUCUCGAUCAGGUGAGAGGCAUGGAAUUCGGUCCUGCUUCGGUGGGUGGGGAAGAAUUCUUGGUGGCUAGCGGCGUGGCCGGGACAGGCGGUGUAGUCAUCUAUCGAAGGACGGACGGUGGAAGGAAUCUCGUAGAAGUGGCGAGAAACUCUGAUAUUCCCACAAGAACCAGCUUCGUCUGGAGCACCUUGGUGCCAGCGUACUAG